AUGAAUCGUAAAAAAUUAACGACAAAACUUUUCUUCAUUAGAUUUAUAUAUCUUGCUAUAAAAUUAAUAAAAGUUUUCGUGCAUUUAGCAAUCAUUUCCGUUUCCGAAUAUAAAGCGGGAAGAGGAAGAGCAGAAGAUGAUAUACUAAGGUAUCCGAUAUCGAACGUACCUCAGCCGGCGGCUACGAGUUGCCUGAGCACGAGAAAACCUGGAACCUAUCACGAAACGACGACGGCAACCGAACCACCAUCGACAAUGAUAACAAACGAUUGUAUCAUAUCGUCGUCGUCGUCACCUUAUCAAAUGACAAGAAAACAAAGUGGUGUAAUAAUACCAUCACCAUCACUCAUCGGAACAACAACAAACGCGACAACAAACGCAACAACCAAACACGUACAAUUUGGAAUUUCACAAUCGCAUAAACAAAAUAAUUUAAGUCUCUGGUGA